UCCGUGUUUUUCAGCAGCAGGAAUUCAAGAGGGAUGCUUCUGUUUGGGUUUCUGAUCGUGAUUUAUAUUUAUUCAGAGGACUAACAGAGGGUGGAUCUGUUCCCGGCGCGAACGAGCAUGCUCACAACCCGCCGACUCUCCUAUUAUCCAACUGCCUAGUUUUGGUGCUUCAAUGUACAUGUAUAUUCAGUGUGCAUAUGUGUGUAUACAAACACGCAUGCCUACCUGGAUGGACAUCUGCACGCACAGGUCAUUUUUUAAGGACAAUUAUUUCAAUAAGGUCUUUACCCCUUACUUGAAACAGGUGUUCAUGAAAAAAAAUGCACAAAAUCCUGCCGGGCCGGAAUAAUUCAUGAAGAAAGGGCUGGAUCCGUGGGUCAGAGACCACAGGACCCCUUUGCCAUCCCAAGGCAGAAGGCCUCGCUCCAGCACAGCCCGCCACGCUCUUAGACAUCUCUGACACGUCUUGACCAUGAGACCACAGCUGGCUUUUGGCAGGAUUCAAGGCAUAUAGCCAGCAGCCUCGAACUGGUUCAUGGAGGAUCCUCAAGAGAUCCUGGCUGGGCCAGCUGUCCCCUCCAGAGGGAAGAGCUGCAUAGAGGAAGGGGACUGCCGCAGGAGUGGACAUGAAUGCUGGCUUCCAGAGAGAACAGCGUUUUAGUUGUGGUCACCGGAAGUGGUGCCUUCAGCACAGAAGAGCUUCAUUUCUCCUCGACGGCCAUUGACCUCCAGCUCGGGGAGAGACAGGAGAAGACACCAGAACGAGGCCACCCUCGGCAUCCAGAGUGGCUUCUUUUAGGCCAGGACCAGACAUGACUGGGCCAUGGACACAGACGUCUCUGACCUUCCAUAGUCCACAUAGCACACAGGGGACUUCCAGGGGGACACCUGCCACUGCCCACUGAAGUAAUACAAUGGCAAUAUUGACAUCCUCCGUGACAUUUCCCAGACAGACACUCAGGCAGGAACUGCUGGUGCAUUUUCUGUCUGCGAAGUAGAGCGUCAUGAUGCACGAUCGGAAUGUCCCCGGCCCUGAUGCUCUGCUCUGAGUCCACUCACCGCCAGUGACACUUGCAAAAAAACUAAACAAAACAAAAAAGCACCCUCCCGAAGCUGUCUUUGGUCUGGUUUCUGCAGCGCUUGACCAAUGUGGCCAAAGCCAAGCGCCUCCUUGGAUCACUUGGCUUCCCCAUAAAUGCAGCCCACCCCAGCCCUCCCGGAAUAGCAUCUCCAGUCUCCAAGGAGGUCAUGGAUCCUGAACAAAGCGCCGUCAAGGGCACCAAGAAAGCGGAGGGAAGUCCCCGGAAGCGGCUAACCAAAGGAGAGGCCACCCAGACCUGUGUUCCCUCCGGCACCCUGUACCCAGGCGGUGCCCCCGGGGCCACCCAGGAAAGCCCCCUCCAAGAGCUCCUAGCCCCGCAGCCCUUCCCAGGCUCCUCAGCAGUUCUUAGGGAAGGCUCUCAGGAGAAACCAAGCCAGCAGCAGAAACCCCCCAAGAGAACCUCCCUCGAAGCCUCCGUCCACAUCUCGCAGCUUCCACCACACCCUCUGACACCAGCAUUCAUGUCGCCCGGCAAGCCUGAGCAUCUCCUGGAGGGCUCCACAUGGCAGCUGGUGGACCCUAUGAGACCGGGGCCCUCGGGCUCCUUUGUGGCCCCUGGGAUCCACCCACCGAGCCAGCUCCUCCCUUCCCAUGCUUCCAUCAUCCCACCGGAGGACCUGCCUGCCAUCCCCAAGGUCUUUGUGCCCCGCCCCUCCCAGGUCUCCCUAAAGCCCACAGAAGAGGCGCACAAGAAGGAGAAGAAGCCCCAGAAGCCGGGCAAGUACAUCUGCCAGUACUGCAAUCGGCCGUGCGCCAAGCCCAGCGUGCUCCAGAAGCACAUCCGCUCACACACGGGGGAGAGGCCCUACCCCUGCGGGCCCUGUGGCUUCUCCUUCAAGACCAAGAGCAACCUCUACAAGCACAGGAAGUCCCACGCCCACCGCAUCAAAGCCGGCCUGGCCUCGGGGAUGGGCAGCGAGGUGUACCCGCCGGGCCUGGAGUUGGAGAGGGUCCCCGGUGAAGAGUUUGAGGAGCCCACCGAGGGAGAAAGCACAGAUUCCGAGGAGGAGACCGGGCCACCCUCCAGCCACCCCCCGGAGGCCUCCCCCAGGCCCAAGCACCCCCUCCUUUCCAGCGGGGGGUACAGCUCCAGCCAUGAACACUGCUUCCUGUCCAAGUCCGGCACCUCCCAGUCUCUCGAGGACCCCACACCCUUUGCAGAACCCUCGUCCGAGCACCCCGUGAGCCAGAAGCCCGAGGACACCCACACCAUCAAGCAGAAGCUGGCCCUGCGCCUGAGCGAGAGGAAGAAGGUGAUUGACGAGCAGGCCUUUCUGAGCCCCGGCAGCAAAGGGAGCACCGAGUCGGGCUAUUUUUCCCGCUCAGAGAGCGCCGAGCAGCAGGUCAGCCCUCCCAACACCAACGCCAAGUCCUACGCUGAGAUCAUCUUCGGCAAAUGCGGGCGCAUGGGGCAGAGGACCACCAUGCUGACGGCCAGCGCCACCCAGCCCCUCCUGCCCCUGUCCACCGAAGACAAGCCCAGCCUGGUGCCUAUGUCUGUGCCCCGGACGCAGGUGAUCGAGCACAUCACCAAGCUCAUCACCAUCAAUGAGGCCGUGGUGGACACCAGCGAGAUCGACAGCGUGAAGCCCCGGAGGAGCUCGCUGUCGCGGCGCAGCAGCAUGGAGUCCCCCAAGGCCAGUCUCUACCGAGAACCCCCGUCGGCAGCGCACAGCGAGAAACUGAAGCCGGAAGCGUCGAUGCUGAGCCUCCAGCACCCCCCCACCCCCACCCCCCCUGUGCCUCUCCUGAGAAGCCACUCAAUGCCUUCGGCUGCCUGCACCCUCCGCACCCCACACCCUACCUUCCGAGGGAGCUACUCCUUCGAUGACCACAUCACCGACCCCGACGCCCUGAGCCGCAGUCACCUGUUGACCUCCUCCCACCCGCGGAUGCUGAGGCGCCAACCGGCCAUCGAGCUCCCCUUGGGGGGCGAGUACAGCUCGGAGGAGGCUGGACCGAGCAGGAAAGACACCACCUCCCAACCCACCGACGAACCGGAACCCCAGGAGAGCGAGCUCGCCAAAAAGACCAAGAAGGGAUUAAAAACGAAAGGGGUGAUCUAUGAAUGUAACAUCUGUGGUGCUCGGUACAAGAAGAGGGACAAUUACGAAGCCCAUAAGAAGUACUAUUGCUCGGAGCUUCAGGUGACCAAGCCCGUCUCUGCAGGUGCCCACACGGCCCCAGACGCCGAGAAGAGUCCCGCCGAGCAGGAGCCCUGGUCCCAGAUGCUGCACUACAAGCUCGGGACCACUUUGGAGCUGACUCCCCUGAGGAAGCGGCGGAAGGAGAAAAGCCUGGGGGACGAGGAAGAGCCGCCUGCCCUUGAGACCGAGAAAGGGCAGUUCGGCAGUGCCGGGCCGGCAGAGCCAGCCCGGAGCCUUCUCCCCGCGGAGCCCACCAAGUCACCAGCAGAGCCGAGUAAAUCAGUGCCCUCCUUAGAGGGACCCACGGGCUUCCAGCCGAGGACGCCCAAGCCAGGCUCCAGUUCAGAAUCCGGGACGGAGAGGAGAACCACGUCCAAAGAGAUUUCUGUCAUCCAGCACACCAGCUCCUUCGAGAAGUCUGACUCUCUCGAGCAGUCCAGCGGCCUGGAAGGGGAAGACAAGACCCUGGUCCCAUUCACAUCGCCCCCAGCUGCCCCGCAUGGCCGGCCGGCUCACUCCCUGCAGCCCCGGCUUGUCCGCCAGCCCAACAUUCAGGUUCCGGAGAUCCUGGUGACCGAGGAGCCCGAUCGGCCCGAAGCGGAACCGGAGCCACCUGCUAAGGAGCCCGAGAAGACAGAGGAGUUCCAGUGGCCCCAGCGCAGCCAGACACUUGCCCAGCUGCCAGCCGAGAAGCUGCCCCCCAAGAAGAAGAGACUGCGGCUGGCGGAGAUGGCCCAGUCGUCUGGGGAGUCCAGCUUUGAGUCUUCCAUGUCCCUGACUCGCAGCCCAAGCCAGGAAAGCAGUAUCUCGCUGAGCGGGUCCAGCCACUCAGCCUCAUUUGAGAGGGAAGAUCAUGGCAAAUCAGAGGCCCCGGGGCCCUUGGCAGACCCACGCUCCAAGCUCCUGGGCACUCACAUGCUGACCGUCCCCAGCCACCACCCGCACUCCCGAGAGAUGCGCAGAUCAGCCUCUGAGCAGAGCCCCAACGUGCCCCACCCCAGCCAGAUGACUGAGACCCGCAGCAAAUCAUUUGACUACGGCAGCUUGUCCUUGGCAGGCCCUUCCACACCAGCCCCAGUGGCUCCACCGGCUCAGGCAGCCCCGCCAGAAAGAAGAAAAUGCUUCCUGGUGAGACAAGCAUCUCUGAGCAGGCCUCCAGAAGCAGAGCUGGAGCCCGUCCCCAAAGGAAGACAGGAGAGUGAGGCCCCACAGCCCUUGUGCAGUAGUAAAUCAUCGGCCAAAAGCUUAUUGCCCCAGAUCUCCAUGGCAACCCCCUCACACAGCGAGCACCCAGCAGACAAGAGCCAGGUGGCAGACAGACCUCCUCUAGGGUCCACUCCCCCCUACACAGAAGCACUGCAGGUGUUCCCCCAACCCAUAGCCCCGCUGCCCCUGCAGGAGAAACCCUACCUGCCCCCUCCCGUCUCCCUCUUCUCCUUUCAGCACCUUUUGCAGCAUGAGCCAGGCCAGUCUUCAGAAUUCUUCUCCACCCAGGCCAUGUCCAGUCUCCUGUCGUCGCCAUACUCAAUGCCCCCACUUCCUCCCUCCUUAUUUCAGCCCUCACCUCUUCCUCUCCAGCCUACCGUUCUGCACCCAGGCCAACUCCACCUCCCCCAGCUCAUGCCUCACCCCACCACAAUCCCCUUUCGGCAGCCCCCUGCCUAUCUCCCCAUGCCAUACCCGGCCUCCUCAGCCCUCUCCUCGGGGUUUUUCCUGCCCCUGCAAUCCCAGUUUUCACUUCAGCUCCCGGGUGAUGUGGAAAGCCACCUGCCCCAGCUCAAGACUAGCCUGGCCCCUCUGGUAUCAGGAACGGCCGGCCUCUCUCCAACCACAGAGUACAGCAGAGAUGUCCAACUGCCCCCCGUGCCUCUCCCGCCCAGCUCUUCCACACCCACAUCGGCACCUCCGCUGGCCCCACCCACCUACCCAGACACCAUGGUGUCGCUGGUUGUGCCCGUCCGCAUUCAGACCAACAUGCCGGCCUAUGGGAGCGCGAUGUACACUACCCUCUCCCAGAUCCUGGUCACCCAGUCCCAAGGCAGCUCAGCAACCGUGGCUCUCCCCAAAUUUGAGGAGCCCCCAUCCAAAGGGAUAACCGUGUGUGGGACAGAGGCUUAUGAGGUUGGUCCCCGAUUGGCUGGAGUAAGUGAAGAACAAAGCAGAGGUUUUCCGACUCCCUACCUGAGAGUGCCUGUGACACUGCCAGAAAGAAAAAGCACUUCCCUGUCAUCAGAGAGUGUCCUGAGCCUGGAGGGAAGUUCAUCGACAGCAGGAGGGAGCAAACGUGUCCUCUCGCCAGCUGGCAGCCUUGAACUCACCAUGGAAACCCAGCAGCAAAAGAGGGUGAAGGAAGAGGAAGCUUCCAAGGGAGAUGAAAAACUCGAGCUGGUAAAGCCAUGCAAUGUCGUGCUUACCAGCACUGAGGAUGGGAAAAGGCCAGAGAAAUCUCACCCGGGCAGCCAGGGCCAGGGCCAGAGGGAGCUGGAAACACAGUCCAGUGUAUCCUCAGAUCCAUUGGAGCCAAAGGAAAUUCCUCCUCUUGCUCACCCUGCAUUACCCCAUGAGACCGCUCCAGGCUCAGAAGUCAUGAAGGAAUAUAGCCAGUCACCUAGCAAACCUCACCGCAGGGCAUUGCCCACACUGAGUGUAAAGAAGGAAGAUUCCAAGGAACAACCCGACCUCCCUCCACAGAUGCCUCCCAGCUCGCUGCCUCUUUCAGAAACAUCCCCCAGACCAGCCAAGUCACAAGAAGGUAUGGACUCAAAGAAGGUACUGCAGUUCCCCAGCCUCCACACGACCACUAAUGUCAGUUGGUGCUAUUUAAACUACAUUAAGCCAAAUCACAUCCAGCAUGCAGAUAGGAGGUCCUCUGUUUACGCUGGUUGGUGCAUAAGUUUGUACAACCCCAACCUUCCAGGGGUUUCCACUAAAGCUGCUUUGUCCCUCCUGAGGUCUAAGCAGAAGGUGAGCAAAGAGACAUACACCAUGGCCACAGCUCCGCAUCCUGAGACAGGAAGGCUUGUGCCAUCCAGCUCCUGCAAGCCCCGCAUGACAGAGGUUCACCUCCCUUCGCUGGUUUCCCCGGAAGGCCAGAAAAAUAUAGCUAGAGCGGAGAAGGAAGAAGAGAAGCGAGGGAAACCGGAGGAGGACGCUCCUGCCUCCAAGAGAGGGGAGCCGGCGAGGAUCAGAAUCUUCGAAGGAGGGUACAAAUCAAACGAAGAGUAUGUAUAUGUGCGAGGCCGCGGCCGAGGGAAAUAUGUUUGUGAGGAGUGUGGAAUUCGCUGCAAGAAGCCCAGCAUGCUGAAGAAACACAUCCGCACCCACACUGACGUCCGGCCCUAUGUGUGCAAGCACUGUCACUUUGCUUUUAAAACCAAAGGGAAUCUGACUAAGCACAUGAAGUCCAAGGCCCACAGCAAAAAGUGCCAAGAGACAGGGGUGCUAGAGGAGCUGGAAGCCGAAGAAGGAACCAGUGAUGACCCGUUCCAGGACUCGGAAGGGCGCGAGGGCUCCGAGGCUGUGGAGGAGCACCAGUUUUCAGACCUGGAGGACUCCGACUCCGAGUCCGACCUCGACGAGGACGAGGACGACGAGGAGGAGGAGGAGAGCCAGGAUGAGCGGUCCACACCGGCCUCCGAGGCGCCCGCGCUGCAGGCGGACUCCUCGCCCAGGCAGGCCCUUCUGCCCCCUGAUGUCCCCGCCGACGCCCCAGAGGCGAGCGCCGGCUCCCCGUGCAGCCGCAGCACACUGGGCCCCACGCCGCCCGGGCCGGCGCCCCCAGGCCCCGCGGAGAGGGACGCAAGCCCGGGCCGCAGCUCCAAGGUCGGGCUGCCCAGGAGACCAUGGUCUCCAAGCGGAGAAGCCGCCAGCCGCCCACCGUCUGCCCGCAAACACUCACUCACCAAAAACGACUGGUCCCCCCAGCAACACUCAUUGGCCUCCGCCCCCAGCCCGCCGGGCAACCAGCCCAGCCCAGGGAGGGACAGGGGCCUUCUUCCCUGUGGCUCCCCGAGACUCGAGCUGUCGCCUCUCAGUCCCAGCCCCCCUCAGAGACAACUGACCCCUCAAGCGCAUCUGGCCCCCGAACGCGAGGGCUCCACAGACCCAGGCCUUUCUGGACCCUCGUCCCCCAGGAGACGGUCCCUGGGGCAGGCAGAGUCACCACCGUGGCCAGCGCUGCCAGGGAAGUGGGCGUCGGGCAGCCCGGGCGUGGGGCCGGCCCCGCGGGCUCUACCUCACAAGCUUCUCAGCAGAAGCCCCGAGAAGGGUGCCUCUCCCUGGCAGAAUGCCCCGCCCCGGACUCCCUCCUGCUCACCCGGCCCUGCUCUUCCUCGCUCCUGGCCUUCCUCAGCCCUCCACGACAUCCACGGCCCAGCCCGGACAGAGAACAUCUUCAGCCACCUCCCGCUGCACUCCCAGCACCUGGCCCGUGCCCCGUGCCCCCUGAUUCCCAUCGGGGGAAUCCAGAUGGUGCAGGCCCGGCCAGGGGCCCACCCCACCCUGCUGCCAGGGCCCACUGGGGCCUGGGUCAGUGGCUUCUCAGGAGGUGGCAGCGACCUGACAGGGGCCCGGGAGGCCCAGGAACGAGGCCGCUGGAGUCCCACUGAGAGCUCGUCAGCCUCCGUGUCCCCCGUGGCCAAGGUCUCCAAGUUCACACUCUCCUCGGAGCUGGAAGCCAGGGACGACCCCGAGGAGCAGGAGAGGACGAGUGAGAGCCUGGGCAGACCGCCCGACUGGGAGCCCCCAGGGCCCGCGCCCACGGACACCCCCUGCACCCCACCCAAGGCCUCGCCCCGACCACCCCAGGGCAGCCGAGCGGAGCGGACCUGGGACCCCAGCAUGGAGUCACUGUGCACUGUCGUCCACCCCCAGCCCUUGGCCGCCCUGCCCCUGGACCGCAGCAGCUCGGCAGGCUGCCUGGCAGAGGCCUCCACGCGCCCCCCAGCUCGGAGAAGGAACCUUUCUGGGGAGCCCAGGACGGGUCGGGGCGCCCCCGAGGGCUCCCGUUCGGCACCUCCAGGCCAGCCCGAGGACAGGGGCAGCCCCAGCACUUAGUGCCCCUCCGCAGCCUCAGCAUCUGGCUUCCUGUGUUCGGCAACAGACGCUUCCAGCCAAUUCCCUCGAACCGUCUUGCCCUCCUCGAGGGCGUGCUUCCGUCUGUCUGUCUGUCCAAGCAGCUUCUGCGCAGGCCCCCUUCGGUUUCAUCUUUCAUGUAUGCAGUUACCUGUGCCUUUUUCUAUACCUUUUGUUGCUUGAAACAAAACACAAACACAAACACACCCAAAACCCCUUCCCCGAGGAUUGGAGGCUGUGACUAUUUUGUGCUUGGGGUGGGGGUGGGGGGGUGAAGCCUCACCCCUCUGCUUCUGCGGCCGCAGCACCUCACCCCCAAGGGCUAGCAAGCGGCAACCAUCUGCUGAGGGGGAGUUGGAUGUGUGGAAGGGGAAGAAAGAAAUUUUUUAAAAUAUAUAUAAUCAAAUGUAACAGCCAAUGCCCCUAUGUAUUGAGGUUUAUGGUAACUACUCACCGCUUGGUCCUACCCCAGCCAGCGGCCACCCCUCUCUGCUGCCAGCAGGGGCACCCAAACACAGGCAGUAAGGCAGAUCCAGAAAUAGCUAGCGCCUUCUUGAUUCCCACCCCACCCCCCUUUAUU